UGGUUUCUUUCUUUUUUUUUUUUUUUGAGAUGCCCGACGAAACAAAAAAGAUUCCUUACAUUUUGAAUGGUGGUAUAUUUAAAAUCAAAAAGCGGAAGGGCGACCGUGUAGUCGUGGAAUGCGUCCAUCGGCUUCGCGGCAAUCUGGCAAAUGGCACAGGCAAUUUCCACCAGCACAUCAAACGACGUCAUCCAAAUUUGAUAGACAAAGUAAUGGAAAUAAAAAAGAACAAGAAAGAGAAAGUCGUGGCAGCGAAGAUUGCCAAACGUAGAUGAUAAGUCGCAGGAGUCUGACGGGGAAGAUUCUUCUUAUGAUGUGUUUAAUCUUGAUAAAGCUUCCAUAACAGAAUUGGAAGAUGGGAUCCGCUUGAUGCAAGAGGGCAACGAAAAAAACAUAGUUCGUCAAGGGAUCCAAAUUUUGCUUCAACAAACACGAAACUAUUUCGUUUCGUAAUCUUAUGAAUACCUAUAAUUUUCUAAUAGAAAUACGAAUGUGGUUUAGCUGAAGCUGGAAGCAACCACCACCGGUUUGAUUUUGAUUAUACGAAUUUAUUUUAUUGUUCAA